AUGACCCCCAGCCUACAAUGCACAAAGUCCCGAGUGUCCUGUUGGCCUCAGCUACUGCUUAUCAGCUCUAUAUCCUUUUCGAUACUGAUGCUGCUCUCUCUGUGGACAAAGUUACCGCGUCACGAAGCGCUUCGUCGCUCUGUAGCUGUUGCUCCAAGAACAUCACCAGAGCAAGCAUCAGACCUCUUCACCCUCGUCCAGAAGCGUCGGAAUAAGACACUAGCCAUGGACACGGAGAUGCUCCACCUCGACGAUUUAGCGCGCUCCGAUUCAUACCAGCAAUGGGCGCCUCUGAUCGUGUCGAAAUGCAUGCAUGGGAUGGACAAACGGGCAGCACCUUGCAUCCAGGAAGCCAACCGAACAAAUAUCGUUGAAGCGCAGGAGCUCCUGUAUCCUGCUUUUCGACUGAAGCUGCCUAGUUUCGCCAACACAACGAUGAAAGCUAAGUGGCUAUCCCAAGAGUACCCCACUUUCCAAGGACAGAAUCUGGUGUUUUCCAACGCCUCAUACCGAGGCGAUCCACCGCCAGACAUUUGGUCAGACACCGGAUGUAUGGGUCACGACGUAUCCCACGCGUCGUUUAUGCACGCCCUGAAUAGCAACGUCAGCGAGCUGGCAAAUAAAACGAGGGUUGACACCCUCGUCGUUGCUACCAGUCCAGACUCGUGGUCCUUUCAGCACUUCGUCGACCGAGUUGCGGUUGUCUGGAGCCAGGCGCAACUCGUAAUCCCCACUAUGAAAAAGAACGAUACGACCAUCGUAGCAGUCAUGGUCGGACAACAUCUCCACAACCCGGAGUCGGUGCUGGCAAAGCGUCUCGUAUUCUCGUGUCGUGCGCCAUUAAUUCAUCCCUUCACGACUCAGCGUAUUACGGAAAAUAUCUUACAGUCGUUGCCUGCAGCGAUAAGCUCGUCCGAGGCUGACCGCAACAUUAUUUUAUUCCUAUCACGGUCAAACGGGGGUCGAGCGUUUAACGGUGGACGACAAAUAUUGAACGAGCCUGAAGUGUUUGAGGCUAUCUCAGCGAUGCUAAACGCUACGGGGAGACCUGAACAGCUGCAGUACUUCCGACAUGACGAGUUCAAUGGACUGGAAGACGUUGCGUCGUUCAUGCGAGACCGCGUGAAAAUGAUGAUCGGACCACAUGGGGCGGCAUUUUACAAUGCCCGAUUUGCACAACCUCGCACGGCACUAAUCGAGAUCAUCCCAGAUCCUGGCAAGUUCUUUGUUCCGUGUUUCUGGGAGCAGGCUCGACUCCUUGGUCAGGACUACUCAGCUCAUGUAGGGACCACACAGAACGGGCAAAACGAUAUGGUGGUAGAUGACGUCCAAAACGUGGUUCAGCUGGUUCGAGCUCGACUGGCCUACUUGGACAAAGCCUAUCGCAUGCAGCAUGCACUGGACCACACAUAUGCAUGGGAUGUGGCAAGGUGA